CAAGAAUUGAAGAAACAAUACGAAGCCGCAAGAUUGGAAAAAAUGACCAAAUAUCAAGGUGUUAACUUGUUUGUCAAGAACUUGGAUGAUUCUGUCGAUGAUGAAAAAUUACAAGAAGAAUUUUCUCCAUUCGGUACUAUUAUUUCUGCUAAAGUCAUGAGAACCGAAGAUGGUAAGUCAAAGAAUUUCGGGUUUGUUUGUUUCUCUACUCCAGAGGAAGCUACCAGAGCUAUCACUGAAAAGAACCAACAAAUUGUUGCUGGUAAGCCAUUGUACGUCGCCAUUGCUCAAAGAAAGGAAGUUAGACGUGCUCAGUUGGCCCAACAAGUCCAAGCUAGAAACCAAAUGAGAUACCAACAAGCAACUGCAGCUGCAGCUGCAGCUGGUAUUCCAGGUCAAUUCUUGCAACCAAUGUUCUAUGGAGUUAUGCCACCAAGAGGAGUUCCAUUCAACGGUCCAAACCCACAAAUGUCGGGCGUUCCUCCACAACAAUUUAGAAACGGACCAGGCGUUUAUGGUAUGCCUGCUCAAGGUAGUUUCCCACCAAAUGAUCAAUUUUUCCAACAAAAGCAAAGACAAGCUUUAGGUGAAGAAUUGUACAAAAAAGUUUCAGCCAAGACCUCUGAUGAGGAAGCCGCUGGAAAAAUCACUGGUAUGAUUUUGGAUCUACCACCACAAGAAGUAAUGCCAUUGUUAGAAAACAAUGAAUUAUUUGAACAACAUUUUAAAGAAGCCUUCGCUGCUUAUGAAUCUUUCAAGAAAGAACAAGAACAGCAGCAACAACAGCAACAAUAA